GAGCUGGACACCUCAGAUGCCCCGGAGCCACGUUGCAAGAGGCGCUGCUUCACCGGGACUGCCAUCACCCUAGGGCAGGUGGUGCAGAGAGUGCUGCCCCCGGUGGCCUUUGCGUUGUGGAUCCUUUCGGAUGAUCACGACGCCAGUGGCAUCGCGAUCGGCGGGCAUUGCGCGAACUACGACUUCGAGAUGCGCGUAGGCAUGACGGCGCCGGAGAGGAUUGCGCAGGAGUUCCUGGGUCCGCCGGCCUUGCUUUGCGAGGGGGGCGCCUGGCCACCUCGCCUGGAGCAGGUUGCGGAGGGCUACCAGAUUGUGCCGGAGGUUGGCAGCGGCCUGCCCCUGCGGCAGCGCCGCUUCGCGCUGAGGGAUUUGUUGGACCUGGCGCCGGCACGGGACAGCAGCCUGGAGAUCCAGGUUGCGGAGGUGUCCGCGUUCCGGCUCACCACGCACAUGCCCACCGUGCCCGCGCGGCCUGUUCUAGUGCCAGGCCGCCGGCAGGAGGCCUGGGCGAAUGUCCCCAGGGCCUUCACCACGCGACGCAUCCCUGCGGCAGGCCGGGAGUUUCGGCACAGCAUCAGCGCCGAGCUGCCGCCGGGGGAGUACACCUUGAUCUUCGUCAUGGAGAUGGCCACAGGGGGCUUGAAGCCCUGUGCCUCCGUCUUGCUCAACCUGGCCCUGGAGCCCUUGCCUGAGGUGGUGGACCACAUGUCCCAGAUGCAGGUGCCGCCAGAGGUCGUCCGAGUCACCCGUGCGGACCGCGUGGGCGCCUCCCUCUUCGCGGCGGCCGCCUUUCGGGCCUUCUAUCGUCAUGUGGAGGUCAUGGAGAAGCGGCUGAGGACCCUUCGGGUGGCCGACACCUCCUGCGCAUGCUGCUGCCUGGGCCACGUGGGGCCUGACAGGGAGGCGCUGGCCUGUGACAAGGCGGUGAUCUGCGAGGUCAUCGCCCAGUGGUUCGGCAGCCUGGAGAAGUUCGAGCACUACAUCCAGACGGAGGUGGCCGCGGUUCUGGGGCACCAGCUGCGGAACGACUCCUUUGGCUACGGCUGGGCGGUGUGCGUUUCGAUGCCUGCGCUGUGGGGCUGCUUCGACGUCGUGACCUAUCCCAUUCAGAGGGGGAGUUUCUGGCGCGGCCUUUUCUGGCUCUCCACUGCGGCCAUUUGGAUCUUCGUCUGGAACCCCACCUUCUCCUCGUGUCUCAAGUACCUGGCGCACCGCUUCCGCAGGCUCGGCGGCUCGCGGGCGGAGGAGACCUGGCGCAGUGUGCUGGUGGUCCUUUGCGCGCUGCCGCUGGUGGCGUACGGCGUGGCCGCUUUUUUGUUGGUCCGCGGCGCGCCGUGGCCCACCAACGCGAAGUGUGUGGCCUUGCCCUGCACGAUGCUCCCCAUGCUGCUAUGCAGGGGCGCCAUCUCCAUCGGAUCCACCGCUGCCCCGGCUCCGGACAACCUACCGGACCACAGACUCGUUCUCGGGGAGCCUGAGUGCCGGAAGCAACAGCGGCCUAGGACGAAGAGCAGCCUUUGA